AUGUACACUCAAAGAGAGCAACAAUAUCAAAGACUUCUUGAUCGUUUACAUUCUUUAAAUAAUUUAAAAUCUUUACCCGACCAAUUAUUUGGCUAUUUACUUGCCAAAUCUGACCCUGUGCCUAUUUCUGUGCCAAAAGGAGUUAUUUUAUUUCGGCAAGGCGAAUGUGUACAAGGGUGGUAUUUACUUCUUUCGGGAGAAGUCCAACUAUACAUUGAACAAACAACAUCGGAAAGCGAUAAUAAAUUUAUUGAACAACAAAUUAAAAUUAUAGGGCCGGGUACUUUAUUUGGAGCUUUACAAACUAGUCACAAACACUCCUGUUCAGCAAAAAUUUUAAAAAAUGCAGAAUUUGUCAGAAUUCCCCAAAAUAAUUUUCUUCUAAUUUAUAAUAAAUGGGCAGACAGAUUACAAUCUUGUAUUGUUUUAAUGGAAGAUUUAAAUAAUAAUAAUAAUCAAAACCUCCCAAAAAGUAACAGACAACUUCCAAAAUUACCAAAUGAAAAGAAAAGGAGAACAAAAGAAGAAAAAGAGAAUACUAACAAUAAAUUACAACAAAAUGAACAAUUAAAAAAUAAAAAAAUAAAUAAUUUAAAUGAAGAAAAAAUUGAAAAUAAAAAUAUUGAAAAUGGGUUUUUAUUGGAAAUUAAAGAUUUAUUUGAAUAUGAUGAUAAACAAUUAUUUUUUGCUUCGGAAAUUCUUGCAAAUGAAAUGUCUAAUUGUAGUCAACAGGCAAAGAAAAAUUUUUUUAAUUAAAAAAUUUUAGGGAUUUAUAAAAAAAAAUCAUAAUUUAUUUUCUCUCGUGGAAAAUCAAAUGGGCGUUCAUUAGAUAUCCUUUAGGAUUUUCUUUUAUCUAAAAAAUAAUUUUUUUUUUAUUAAAAUAACAAAUAUGAGUGUACCUAUUUUCUCGAUUAACCACCCUCCCUCGGAUAAUUAAUUAAUUUAACGAUUAAUUACCUCCCCCCCAUAGCGAGAAGCUAUAAUCACUCAGGGAUUAUUCAAGAAAUUCGGUAGUUUAAAAGUUUCAGACCGAAAUCAACAUCUAGUAAAACUAACAUGAAUUGUUUGAAUACUAUCCCAUAUCUUUCCUUUACCAACUUUAAUCUCAAAAUUAACAAAUAAAAAUUGAAAAAAAAUUUUUUAAUUAAAAUAUUUUUUUAAUUAUUAAAAAAAAUAUUUUUCAUUUUUUUAGUUAACAGGUUCAGAAUUUUGUGAUAAAUUAAUAAAUAUUUGGAUUGAUUGUUUUAAUAUUCCAUUACCUUCAGAUUAUUUAAUAGAAUUGGGAAUAGGGCAAUUAUUGCUAGACAAUUCUUUAUUAAUUAUUUCAAAAAAUUCUGAUCACAAUCCCCAAUUCAAUUUUUCCUCAAUUUAUUAUUGGUCAUUACCCUCAACAUCAGAAAAUAAAUUAAAAUAUUUUAAUAAACAAAUAUUAGCUAAUUCUCUAAUUUUUCUUGCAAAUUCUGGAAGGGAUUCCCUUUUACAAACAAUUCUUAAAAAACCGUAGGGUUUUUUUAAUGACUUAAGAAAAUAUUUUUAUUUUUUAAGAAAAGAUUUUCGAACAGAAGAAGAAUUAAAAUUAAUUUUAGAAGAAAUUAAUUAUAUUCGCGGUUUUAGUUAUUUAAGUAAAGGAAUUAAAAGAGGAAUUGCUAGAAUUAUUUGCUUAGAAAUUGUUGAAUAUGCCGGCACUGUAAUUUUUAAAAAGGGAGACUUAGCUAAUUGCUG